GUGUUGUUGUUGGGCCGGGAAAGCUGCUUCCGGGUCAAUGCAGGACACUGGGCUUUGGCGGCCGGAGUGGGGGCCAAGGUGAAGCUGAGCCGGGCUGGGGCCGGCUGGGAGCAGGCCGGAGGCUGAGCGGCGGCGGCGACGGCUGUGGCCGGGAGGGGGGAGGAGAGGCGCAGCUGGAGGAGCCGCCGCAGCUGCCCCCGCCUCCCGGGCUGAGGGUGAAGGAAGAUGGACCAACCCAGUGGAAGAAGUUUUAUGCAAGUAUUAUGUGAAAAAUAUAGUCCUGAAAACUUUCCUUACCGCCGUGGCCCUGGGAUGGGAGUCCAUGUCCCAGCCACACCGCAGGGCUCUCCUAUGAAAGAUCGCCUCAACCUCCCAAGUGUACUAGUGUUGAACAGCUGUGGAAUUACCUGUGCAGGAGAUGAAAGAGAAAUUGCUGCCUUUUGCGCUCAUGUGUCGGAAUUAGAUCUUUCUGACAACAAACUUGAAGACUGGCAUGAGGUCAGUAAAAUUGUGUCAAAUGUUCCCCAGUUGGAGUUCCUAAACCUGAGUUCCAACCCUCUGAAUUUGUCAGUUUUAGAAAGAACGUGUGCUGGAUCCUUCUCUGGGGUUCGCAAACUCGUCCUCAACAACAGCAAAGCUUCAUGGGAGACAGUGCACACCAUCCUACAGGAGUUACCAGAUUUGGAGGAGCUCUUCCUGUGCCUUAAUGACUAUGAAACAGUGUCUUGUUCGUCUAUUUGCUGUCAUUCUCUUAAGCUCCUACAUAUAACGGACAAUAACCUCCAAGACUGGACUGAAAUACGAAAGUUAGGAGUUAUGUUUCCUUCACUGGAUACCCUUAUCCUGGCCAACAAUCAUUUGAAUGCCAUUGAGGAGCCUGAUGAUUCAUUGGCCAGGUUGUUUCCUAAUUUGCGAUCCAUCAGUCUCCACAAAUCAGGUUUGCAGUCCUGGGAAGACAUUGACAAACUAAAUUCAUUCCCCAAACUUGAAGAAGUGAGGUUGUUAGGAAUUCCUCUUCUGCAGCCAUAUACCACUGAGGAGCGCAGGAAAUUGGUAGUAGCCAGAUUGCCAUCAGUUUCUAAACUUAAUGGCAGUGUUGUCACCGAUGGUGAGCGAGAAGAUUCUGAACGAUUUUUUAUUCGUUACUAUGUGGAUGUUCCAAAGGAAGAAGUACCAUUCAGGUAUCAUGAACUGAUCACAAAAUAUGGGAAGUUGGAACCUUUGGCAGAAGUGGACCUAAGACCCCAGAGCAGUGCAAAAGUAGAAGUCCACUUUAAUGAUCAAGUGGAAGAAAUGAGCAUUCGUCUGGACCAAACAGUUGCAGAACUAAAGAAACAGUUAAAAACUCUAGUGCAACUACCCACAAGCAACAUGGUUCUCUACUAUUUUGACCAUGAAGCUCCCUUUGGCCCAGAAGAAAUGAAGUACAGCUCUCGCGCAUUGCAUUCUUUUGGCAUUAGGGAUGGAGAUAAAAUUUAUGUGGAGUCCAAAACAAAAUAACCUACCUGCCUUGUAAAAACACACAUAAGAACUCUUGCAGGGCAUUUGUUUCUGGUGUGGUUUUCUUUAGGAGGGAGAAGGCUGCUUUUUUUUGUUCUGUUUUAUUUACCUUUGGGAGGUAUUUUUCAUAUUUUUCCCCUAAGAUGGGUAGGGGGCUGUUUUUGGUAUUUUCUGUCACAGAUUUCUUCAGCUCAGCCAGCAAAAUUGGCCACAUCUGCAGACCAUAUGCCCGCUCUCAUAAAGAUGGCAAAGAAAUCACCAACUUCUUAGUGUGUUCCCUGGGGUUUGUCUGCCGCUUGGUUUUGUUACCAUUGGGUAUGCUUGUGAAGAGAGCAUGAACAGCAGGCUCCUUCAAGGGUGUCUAACAAUAUUUACAUUAGGAGACAAGGAAUCUUCACAGGAAGGACCACCAGUUCUCUCCCUUGGUUCUUCCUGUCUACCUUCCUCUCCCUCCUUUCCUCUUUUGUUUGGUUUUCUCUUUGACUUGUGUCAACAUAUGUUUAGCUAAUAAUUUUAUCCUGUUCAUAGUUAACUUACCUCUCAACUUGAGUGAUUUUUCUCAUUUCUCCUUUUUGAAAUAAUUUUGAGUCUUUUAAGCAUUUUGCAACCUGAUUCUGAUCUCAGGUACUCAGUAAGAACCUAUAACUCUGUUAGGAUCUUGAAGAAUAGAUGGAAAGUUAAACUCCAGGAAAAUUUACUAUUAUUCUAGAAGUAUUGGUAGAGCAGUCUGAUCUCUUUAUAUGCUACUGUCUCACUUUUAAUGUCCUUUAUAGAGUAUAUCAGUCAUUACUUCCAUAACAUGAAAUAUGUCAGAUUCAAGUUAUUUUAUUUUUGCUUAUUGAAUAUAUUUCCUCAUAUCUUUCUCUUUCAUUAAUUUAAACUAUUGAGAAUAGAGACCUGGCUUUAUGAAGAAGCCAGUAGAAUGUUGGAUGUGCAUGGCAGGAGAGCAGAGCAUCAGCUAAUCGAUGAUCUGUGCUGUGUGUUAAGGAAUGGAGUUUGGGAUAUGGGCAAAUGGGCUUCAUGACUUGCCUGUCACCCAUUUGAAGCCCUUGUUUUUGCACUUUGCAUUAAAGGUGGGAAAUUUUAAUCAAAGGGGGCUUUGCUUUCCAUUUUGUAAGAUUUGGGGAUGUAAGAAUUAAACAGUUCUUGUUUUACAUUUCAGUUUAGUUGCCGCCAUAGAAGAAUAACUCUGCCUAAUCUAUGUUAAAACUUCCAAAUUGCACCCAAGUCAUAUUUUUUUGCAGAAGCACAUUUAAAGCACUUUUCUUUUAAAAUUGGCCCCUUAUUUGCCCUCAACUCUUGUUUGUUUCUAUUCCUUUUGAAAUCAGAUGUAAUCCUUUUCUUUAGUAUAUAUAAACAUGGUCCACCAUGUUUAUAGGUGGGAGACUUAAGAAAUAACUACGUAGGGCAGAGAAGGUAGGCAAGUGAAGUAUUUUUCAGAGAAUGCAAUUAUUAUCUAGUUGCAUUUGAUCUUUUGAGCUUUGUUAAUGAUUCUACCCCUCCUAUGAAUUUAAUUUCUUAGAGAAUUUUUAGAUGAUUUUCAAUUCUUCAUGUAUUGGGGAGUUGUGUUUAUUAUUGCUACUUUUUAAAUUUUCCUGUGCCAUAUGGCAGAUGUUUAUUCUCUUAAUGCGCUUCAGGUUCAGUAUCUGUAAAGCCUUUGACUCAGUCCUUCUGAGGCAAAUCUACAUUCACUGUAACAUUAAAGAUGGAAACCAAAGGGUUUGAGAAAGAUGAAUGAAGCCUAUUCUCCUUCUGCUGCAGACUUUUAUCUUGCAAAAUCACAAAAAUGAGCAGUGGAGAUCCAGGCUGAGUAUAGACGAGAACAGUUAUUUUCCAUUCACAUUUCUCUUGACAGGUUUUUGGAAAUAGGAAAAAAGUGUGGCAAGUGUCAUGAAGGUUAAAACUGAGUGCUUUGUGUAUAUGCACACAAGUACAGGCAAGUUUGAAAGAGAAAUAAUGUAAUUGAACCCGUUUCUUUUGUCAGCCUGGGAAACAGAUGCACUCUUAUUUUUUGAAGUGAUAUGACCCCUGAUUGUCCCACAGCAGAAGGCAGAGUGAACACUUAUGCUUUAAUCAUAAGUGGAAUGGUCAGAAUAAGAUAUUUUAUAUAUGACAAAGUUUUAUGAAAUGCUUUUUUACUAUUAGAGACCUGUUUCUUCUGUUAUUACAGAACACAGUGUUUUAUCAACUGCAGGCAUAAAUUCUUUUAUUAUACAAUUGCAUGUAGAGGGAACUUCCCAUUUAAUUCAGCCGAUGUGGGUAUUUUUAGGGCAUUGUAAUUGAUGGUUUUAAAAUUGCUGAAUAAUUUUUGAUUAAUAAAAUAUCUAAUUAAAUUACUGGUCUUUCAGAGUUACAGAAGUAAAUGAGAAAAGCUAUUUGAGCAUGUGUACUUAUAGAUUCAUUUGGGUGGCUCAGUAAAGAUGCUGCUUUUGAAAUAAAAUUGGUGCUGUGUAAACACUUGUAACCAAAAUUAUUUUUAUAAUAGGUCUGAAAGAAGGAGAGAAGAAACCAUGGACCUUUGAGUCUCCAAGUUAUGCAUAAUGGAUUGUCUGUAGCUUAUCCAUAUUUUAAUAAUGACUUCAUCCAGAUCCAGUAGAGCAUAUUACUGACAUUUAUGAGGCAAAAUGCAGCUAUAGCCAGUAUUAUAGAUAUGAUGCUUCAGGCAUAAAGGUAUAGAACAAACCUUUUCUAAAGUAGAAAUUCUUUUCAGUUAUGAAAAAAAAUAAAGUAGCAUCAAAACCAAGGAAUCCUUUCUACAUGUGGAUGCAUAGCUGCUGAAGCCACAGAAGUCAGUUUCUGAAUUUGAAUUGUGAAACUAUCCCAGGUUUCUUUCUUAAGUCCAAAGUUGUAUGUCUUUAUUGUUAAAAGUUUUUGUUUCUGCAAUUUGUUACCAACAUUGCCAACAUAAAUACAUAAGAAAUCAGAAAUUAUAAGCUCUUUAGGUUUUAAGACUUUUUGGUGAAAAUUAAGCCCAAAAUAUAAGCUCAGUUCUGUGUAACAGAAGUGAAUGCCAUGAUAUGCUUUCUAAAAAUUGUUUACUUUUUAAAAAAUUCAAUUUUAACUAGAUUUUCACCUAUGUGGCUAAACCAGCAGUGUUAGGAGCAGAGGACAUUCAUUGCACAAAGAACUGAUCAGCACUUGAGACGUACUGCUAUAGCUUUUAGUAACGCACAUGUGAGUGUGGCUUGCUGCAUGGGAAGUGCUGGGCUCCCGGCCAUGUAAGCCAUGUAAAACAUGAAUUCUGAAUACUAGACUGUUCUAAGCAAUGUCAUCUCUUUCUGAAUUGGAUUUUUUGCUUUAUUUCAUGUUAGAUUGAAAAUACAAGCAAACUGCUUUCAAGAACACCCAGAAGCUAUCUGUGUUACCAGACGUGUUGUGAACACUACUGUUUUUCAUAGGUGCUUCCUUGAAAUGUAUGUCCAUUAUAGUGAUGGAGAGGGACUGGACUCUCUCAGGCUCUUUACUUGCCAGUUGUCUCCUGCAUUAAUGGAAAUAUAUAUUUUAUUUUAGAAUAUAAUUUAAACAUGAAGGUCUAUUCUUUGCACUUUUUAUUAAUAUAUAUAUAUAGAUAAUCUUUAAAAAAAUUAAAAAUCCAAGUCCAUUUUC